AUGCGUCUCGACUAUACGACCGCGCUUGAAGAGACGCAGCCUACUUUACGACCAAUUGCCCAUAGCACCCUAUACGGGUACAUUUCGCCCAUUGAAAAACUUGUACAGGAUCGGCAGACAAUAUUUGGCCAGCUUCCGCGACCCGUCCGCGAAACUUGCCUAGCGGUCCUGCGAGCUCUACCCAACCAGCGUGACGAGCAGAUGGUGUAUCUCGAGGGCGAGUUCCAGGCUAAAGGUUGGCUGCAUCUCGCGGCGCAUCGGAUAAUACGAUGGCUACAAACUGUCCUUGCUGGAUCACCUUCACGGAGCGAGCAACAAACCGUGGAGCACGUCGCUGAAAUAAUAUCCAACAAUACGUCAAGACCAAUGCGUGGCCCUUAUGUAGACUGGGAGUCUUGGUUGAAUUCAUUCACGGGCGCUAAUACAAGAUGGGAAUCUAUAGGGCUGCUCUGGACGCACAUGGAGUGCGUUUCCGAUAUUCUGGAUGCCCUCAUUCCCAGAAAGCUGGUUCGGUCAGACAACAAUACGUCUGGUCAGACGGCACAAUUUCACGUCGAGAGCUGCAUCCGUCUUGCCCGGCACUUUACAGAUGACAGCGAUUUGUUGGCCGACUUGUACCGUCGAAAAUCAAUUCUGAUAUCUUUUGUAGACGGCGAAUUAGGACUGCCAAUGUGGGAAGCGCACGGCGAAUCCGUGACUUAUGUCAUGUUUCUGGGCCUUCAUGCCUCGGAGAGCAGCACCCCGUAUACCCCAACAGCGUGGUCCGAAAACAACCGGCGGCUAGCGGCAGCCAUUUUUGUCUUUGACAAAAUUGGAGUUUUGCUGACCGGGCGUCCACCCCUCAUCAAUCAUCGCUACUAUACGACGCCGUUGCCUCUUGACCUACGCGAUGAAGACCUCAUUGCUGGCUCAGCUACUUUGAACAAAGCAAUCACUUCUCUAGAUGAACGAGGCUGGAAUACAGACGGUGGGCUUUACCCAGCGACAGUAGCGAGAGCCCGCUGCAUGAUGGCGAUGAUUCGUGAUGAAGUUAUCGAAGUCACCCUGAGUAACGGCCGCAAUCCAAGCCUGGAGAAUCUCAUGGAUCUCAAGGAUCGAGAGUUUACCUUGGUAGCCGAAUUCCCAACCAGCCUGAAAUACGACCCGCAAGACCUUGGAAGGCACCAAACAGACGCGAACCUCCUCUAUAUCAAGGUCAUUACACACCUUGAGCAUCUUCAAAAUUUAUUUUUCAUUGAUCGGCUCUUGAUACGCUGUGGUUAUGCAAUCCGAGACAACUUGCUGGAGACCAGCCUUGCCCUGGCGAGCCUAGCUCUCCAUAUUUGGAUUCACAAAGACCAGUUUGCGGACGCCGCUAUACAACGCAGCUUCGAGUGGAUUAUGCUUACCUACGGCGCACCUGCAGCUGGCAUCUUGUGCCAGGAAGCACUAGGUACAGCUCAGCCUUCUCGUUGGUUUUUUCGAUUGGAUACAAGCGGUUUAACGUACCCAAUCUGGGACUUUGGUGAUCAGCCGAGCUUCAAUUUUGAGCUCAUGGAUACUUUUGACUGGCUACGCGCUGCUGAGCAAUAG